AUGGCGCUGCCACCUGUCUCGCUGUUGCACGCGCUGUCGCGCGCGCUCUCCGGCAGGCGCCCCACCCCACCCGAGGUGGUGCUGAAGAACGUGUGGGACCUGCUCUCGGAUGCGACCGUGAUUAUCGAGCACGUCAAGGUCGGCGCCGACAGCCACACGUUAGCCGAGGCUAAGGCCCUCGAGGACGCCAUCAGGGCGGUGCGGCCGGGGGACGACGCCGCGGCGUUUGAGGCGCUGGCGGCCGCGCCGGUGGACGGCGUCGUGGCGGCGCUGCUGGGGGUCAGGAGGCAGGGCGCGGCGCUCUCGGAGAUGGCCGUAGGCAUGCAUGCCAACAUCGCGUGCAUCGACUUGGAGGCGUCCCAUCAGCACCUGACGGCCCAGCAGGCCAUGGACGUCAUGAUGGCGGAGCUGCGAGGCCUGCAGGUCGGCGCCCACUACCAGGCGGAGGACGUGGAGGGGGUCAUAGACAUGCUGUGGCACGCCGCCACCGCCGAGCUCAGCGACGGGGACGACGACGAGUGA